AUGGGAAGAUAUUGCCAAUUAUCUGGUUAUAAUUUGGAAAGCCAGUUUUUCUCAUAUAAUGAUUCAAUUCAGAACGAAUAUCAUCUUAUAUUAUGCAUAGAUGGGAAGUUUAUUUUUGAUACAAAAUGGACCGAAAUUCCCUGGUCACAGCCAUUUAAAUUUGCUGACAAGACAUUAGUUCUUUCCAGAACAAGGCGGUACGCGUUACGAAACCUACCUGUCUACUUACCAAAUAUCGAAUUUGGUGGCAUAUUUGAUGUCAAUGAUGGGGACUCAGACCCUAUUCCUGUAUCGCCUUUAGUUUCAGUGCCAAUAACAGAUUACUGGGUUGAGGUUCGUCAUGAUGGUAUAUUUGUUUAUCAUAUCCCUUUAUUAGGCACACCAAAAAUCAUCAAUGAUAGCUGGCAGGCUGGCAUAUUGGUGAAUGAAGAUUAUCAUUAUAACAAUACUGAUGUUGAGAAGACACUUAAGUCGAGUAGUCUCAUUGAUAGUCAGUUAUAUUCUAGAUUAGUUGAUUUAUUAAUCUUUCUGAAAAGAUUACCUAGUGCAUCGUUUAAGAACUUUUUAUAUAAUUUAAAUAAACUCUUAGCAUAA